AUGGCAAGCAUCCCCAAAGCUUCCACAUCCAGCUCAAAGAGUUCAUCAAAAUUUCAAAAGACCAAAUAUACCCUGGAUUGUACCACUCCUGCGAAUGAUAACAUUGUCAAUACUUCAGGUCUUGAAAAGUAUUUGCGUGAUAAAAUCAAGGUUGAUGGGAAGACCGGAAAUCUAGGUGACAAGAUCACCAUCAUUAGGGAGAAAAACAAGAUUGUCAUCACUACUGGAGUCCCAUUCUCAAAGCGAUAUAUCAAAUAUUUGACUAAAAAAUACUUGAAGAAACAACAAUUGAGGGAUUUCUUGCGCGUGGUGGCCACUAAGGAACAUGUUUAUGAAUUGAGAUACUUUCAAAUAAAUGAGGGGGUUGAAGAAUAA